CUAAAACUAAAAAUAGACAUAAGCCACAUACAAUGCAUGCCAAGAGUGAGGCCCUCUAGAGAACGCCUGAGAAUUUACUCCUUAUAUUAUUCUCCUGCAUUUCCUCAUUCCUCUUUCCAACCGUGACCACACACCCAUAAUACUGAUUUGGAUUAUUACAGUGUUUUCUGUAGUUGAUGACACCAUGAAUUUACAAGGGGGAAAUUGAAUCUGCAUAAAAAGCCACCAAACACAGUUGCAUUUAUUUACUUAUUAGUAAAUAAUAUUACUUCAUGAGAUAUUGAAACAUAUGGUUUUUAAAGUGUCACAAACUGUACCGAUUCUAAACUUACAAGUAUCAAACAGCACUGAGAGUACAUUAGUCUUUUGCUAACACAACUCAAAGCAAUCAUAUCAGCUUGGCAUAAACCAGAUUAUUCAUAUGUUUAUUCACAGCUUAAUUAGCCAAAUCGGAUUUGAGCAUCUAGGUUCACAUGUUAAGAGCGGAAGUUCAGAUGUUUUGUUUUUAUUGACCUGCAGCCAUGAACCGGUGAAGGAUGAUGGCGUCUUUUAAAGAGUUGCUUGUGGACUCCCUGAGGGAGCUGGUAGAAGUUGAACUGAAGGAGUUUCAUUGGCGCUUAAGGAAUGCAUAUCAUAUAUCAAAGGCUGAAAUGGAGAAGGCAGAUAUAUUUGACACAGUAGAUAAGAUGGUGCUGACAUUUGGACCAGAAGAAGCUGUGAAAAUCAUGGUAGACAUCCUGAAAAAGAUGAAGCUAAAUGAUCUGGCUGAACAGUUGGAGAAUGAACACAAGCAAGCUCAGGCUAAGAGCAAUAUGAAUAUAUCUGUUGCUGUUGGAGAGCCGAAAAACUGUUUUGAAACUCACAAAACAAACAUGAAGAAGAAAGUAGAAUAUAUUUUUGAGGGUGACAAAGAAAAUAAAGCACAACUCAAGGCUGUUUACACAGAUCUGUUCAUCACAGAGGGAGAUAUGAAAGAUGUCAAACAUGAGCAUGAGAUUCUGAAGAUUGAUGAUGCUUUCAAGAGCAAAAAAACACUGAACAAAACAAUCAAAUGCAAUGAUAUAUUUACCGAACUGAGUAAAAACAAUGAGAAAAAGAUUGUUCUCACCAAAGGAGUCGCUGGCAUUGGAAAAACUGUCUCUGUGCACAAGUUUAUCCUGGACUGGGCAGAAGAAAAAAACAAUCAAGAUAUACACUGUGUGUUCCUGCUUCAAUUUAGAGAGAUCAAUGUGAUUAAAGAAAAAGAAGUCAAUCUCCAUGAGUUUCUGCUGAAAUUUUAUCCUGAACUGAAUGACUUGGAGAAAUCAAAGCUAUAUAAGGAAUGUAAGCUAGCAUUUAUAUUUGAUGGACUUGAUGAAAGUCGACUGAAAUUUAACUUUAAAAGUAAAACAUUGGAGACUGUUGAGGAAAGAGCAUCUGUAGAUGUGCUCUUUACAAGUCUGGUCAAAGGGACUCUGCUUCCAUCAGCUCUUGUCUGGGUCACAUCACGACCAGCAGCAGCCAAUCAGAUCCCUCCUCAGUAUGUAGGUUUGUUUACAGAGGUGCAAGGAUUCACUGACCAACAGAAGGAGGAGUACUUCAGAAAGAGAUUCACAGAUGAGGGCCUGUCCUCCAGAAUCAUCUCACACAUUAAGACGUCUCGUAGUCUCUACAUAAUGUGCCACAUUCCUGUGUUCUGCUGGAUCACAGCCACAGUACUUCAGGAUAUUCUCUCUGAGAACAACGAAAAGAACAUCAGCACAACACUCACUGAAAUGUACAUUCACUUCCUGCGGAUACAGAUGAACAUAAAGAGUCAGAAAUAUGAUGAACUAGAAGAAAGAGAAUGUUCAGAACACUUACAAUUAAAUAAAGAGAUGAUUUUGAAGUUAGCCAAGUUGGCGUUUGAACAGUUGAAGAAGGAUAACAUGGUGUUCUAUGAAAAAGAUCUGCAAGAAUGUGGAAUUUAUGUGAGUAAAGACACUGAGUUCACAGGAAUGAUCGCUGAGAUCUUUAGGAAGGAAGUUGGACUUUAUAAGAGAAAGGUUUAUUUUUUUGUACAUCUAAGUGUUCAGGAGUUCCUCGCUGCAUUGCAUGUGUUUAUCUGUUACCUGAACAAGAACAAGCAACAGCUUCAGUUUUUCUUUGAGGGCUCACAAAGUAAAGUCAUAAAAAAUCUUACAUUUCGUUUUAGAAAGGUCAAAUUGCAUGACUUAACAAAGAAAGCCACUGAUAAAGCAAUGCAGAGUAAGAGAGGGCAUCUGGACCUUUUCCUGCGGUUUCUGAUAGGAAUUUCUCUAGAAUCCAGUCAAAACCUGCUCAAAGGCCUGAUCACACACACUGAAGACACCACAGAGAGCAUCAGAAAAGUAAAUGCACACAUAAAAAAAUUACAAAAAAUUGACAUGUCAGGCGAAGCUUCAGUAAAUUUAUUUUACUGCUUACUUGAGCUCAAAGAUAAUACGUUAUAUGAGGAGAUCCAGAGUUACCUCAGUUCAGAUGAACAUCCAGGAAGAGAUCUCUCAUCUUCAAUGUGCACAGUCCUGACCUACAUACUGCUGAUGUCAGAGAAGGUGCUGGAUGAGUUUAACCCAAAGAAAUUCACGUCAUCAUCUUUCAACUACACAAGACUCAUUCCAGCUGUGAGAUGCUGCAGAAAAGCCCUAUUUGAUGGGUGUGGUUUUGAUGAAAGAUGUUGUGAAACUGUGUCUUCUGCUCUACAAUCAGCAAACUCUCAUCUGAUAGAGCUGAACCUGAGCAACAAUCACCUGCAGGAUUCAGGAGUGAAGCUGCUUUCUGAUGGAUUAAAGAGUCCACACUGUCAACUGAACAUACUGAGGUUUGUCAUUUAGAUUCAUUGAUUGACAAUGGUCAGCCUGAAACAGCGGCGUGGGGCCAUCUUCCCCUGGGCCCAGCACCUGCAGGAGGGACCGUAAGGGGCCGGGGGGGUGGGGGGGCUGAGUUGUUGCGGGAGGUCGAGAGAUACCGGCUAGAGAUAGUCGGGCUCACACGGCUUGGGCUCUGGAAUCCAUCUCUUUGAAAGGGGUUGGACUCUUCGCUACUCUGGUUUUGCCCAUAGUGAGAGGCUGCGGGCUGGCGUGGGCUUGCUCAUAGCUCCACAGCAUAGGCAACAUGUGUUGGAGUUUAACCCGGUGGACGAGAGGGUCGCCUCCCUGUGACUUCGGGUUGGAGGGAGGACUCUCACUGUCAUUUGUGCCUAUGGGCCGAAUGGCAGUGUAGAGUACCCGGCCUUCUUGGAGUCCUUGGGAGGGGUGCUGGAAAGUGCUCCAACCGGGGACUCUAUCAUCCUGCUGGGGAACUUCAACACUCACGUUGGUGAUGCUAGUGACACCUGGAGGGGCAUGAUUGGGAGGAAUGGCCCCCCCGAUCUAAACCUGAGUGGUGUUCUGUUGUUGGAAUUCUGUGCUAGUCACGGUCUGUCCAUAACAAAC